GUCCGUAGGUCUCAACCGAUUGAAAGCCUCGAGAAGCUGCUGCACAACAUGGCUGGGGACAAGAUACCAACGCUGCACUCGCUGGAGCAGCCUGAGAAAUUCAAGGAUGUCCUCAAGCGAGAUCGGGGCGACGACUGUCUUGGCUGCAAGAUUGUUGGCAAUGGUGUCUUCAUGGGUCUCGGUGCCUACAGCUACUUCUCGGGCAUGUCGCAGCUUCAACAGCAAGAGGCCAAGAUCCUACAGAGCAAGUCAAUGUUUGGCAUGAGGAGCCGCAAAGCGGGCAUAGUCGGCAUAUCCGCCACCUUCUUCCUCAUGGGCCUUUGGCGAGCGACAAAAUGA